AAGAAUGUGUCUCACUGCUAUGUCCUUGAUGUCCAGCUCCGCUGGUUCUGACUCUGGAUGUCCUUCAGUGACAUCUACGUGCGACAUUGACGCUUUCGAACCCAUCUCCUUCGGCAUACUUCGGGACUCCGUCAUAGAUCGAGAAACUGGCUACACCAACGUCAUUGUGCAUGGGCUUACCGAGCACGAUGAGGUCUACACGCUUGUUGUAUGCAAACUACUCAUACCAUCUAACACCGGCCCGGCAGCAUCGAAGGAGAUCCAAGUCACUACCCACAUUGUGGUGAACUUUCCUUGUCGCCCAUGUGUCUACAUGCAGCCAUCGUUCACCGGAAGUGCACGCUGCAUCUUCUACUACUGGAACAAGGAAGCCAUAGCAGGAUUGCGAGCCAUAGAAUAUUACUACGACGAAGCCACCGAACAUCCUGUACUCCUGGACAGCACACUGAACUUGGACUACCUGGGCGUGCUCUAUGAUGACUUUGUAAGUAGAGACGCGGAGAUGCAGCACUUUGAACAAGAGGCGCACAGCGGAAGGAUUCUAUAUCACUACCAGGCUUCGUCACCUGCGGACGAUCCGCCGAGGGGGAAAAGGAAUUUGUGUAUUGUAGACUUCGUUUGAUCGCUCCUGGUACGGAAAAAGCGGUCACUCGUAGAUAAGUAGCGUCGCUUCUUUGGGUUUCAUGUGGGUGCAAUACAGGCC